AUGGCUACCACUAUCAACUGCAUCAGAACGUGUGGUUGGGCUAAAGUUUUGCUGCUGCUGUGGUUCGUUCAGCUGGCGGCCGGCGAACCCAAUGCAGCCUGCAAAACGAUGCCCUCACCAGGCAAAGACAACGAUGAACAGUGUUGCGAAAUGCCGGAGAUGUUCCCGAACGAAACGAUGCAACAGUGUAUGACCGAUUUUGAGCGUUCCAGUGCAUCACAGCUGCAGAAGAGUUGUCAAUUUUCAGCCUGCGUCUUGAAGAAACAGAACCUCGUUAAGUCUGACGGCAAAUUGGAUACGGAGCAGAUCAAGACGUACAUCAAGGACAAGAUAAAGGCAUCCGACGAGUGGAAGGGACUGGUGGAGAAGGCUGUCCUGGAGGAUUGUUUACCGAUGAUCGAGAAGGAUUCUGCCACCGUGAAGCAGAUGAAGAGCUCGCUGGGCGACUGUGAACCGGUGUCGGCCUUAACGAUUGCGUGUGCUGCAGCCAAGCUUUUCGGAAAUUGCCCUAGCAAGGACUGGACAGGAAGUCCGGUGUGCGAUGAAUGGAAGACCUUCUUGACGAAGUGUUCCGGCUCAAUGGACGAUCUGAACGCGAUCUAUAUGCUCAUCGAAUCCCAGAAGUUGACGUAGGAUUGAG